ACUCACAGCCCUGUGAAUCCUUCGGGCAAGAAGCAACAAGUUGCAGGCUGCUUCUACAUCUGCCUAGGAAGGGGGUGUUAGGUGGGAGGAGGGCAGAUGACUCAAGCGUCUCUCUCCUGGACCUUAGUUUCCACCUGUAGACUUUCUUUUAAUGUAAUCUAGACUCUGUUAGGACCUAGGACCUGAGACCAGUCCAACAGCGUCUCCCCCGCGCUGGGCACUCUCCAAGAGUAUGCCUGGCAGUCAGGCUCUGAAUGCUGGCAUGCUGCCUAUUCUGGCCUUUCCCUUUUGUUGCCCUAAGGGCUGUGUGUUGUGAAUCAAAUCACUGGGCAACCAAGUACCUCCAAAAACAGCCCCAAGCUCUCUGGAAACUACUUCCUAUUCCAGCCAAAAUUGCAGAGAAAGGAGGGCAUCAAGCUUAGGGGACCAAUCCCUGUCUUUCUACCAGUCCCUGAUAACUACUCAAGCUCCCUUUAAAGAGGCUCAUAUUGGAAUACUCUGUUGACAAGUAGAUACCACUUCACCUCUGCUAGGGUGAGCGCUGGUAGCUCCUCCCUGUUAAAUGCACAUCUCAAUGCCUCUGCCCUAAGUGAGUUGUGCAAUAAAUGAGCUGUCACUCUGAACAGGUGGGAAAGAAGUGAACUGCUUGUUCACUUGCUGGUGUUGCCACUGCUGGUACAGAAAUAGAAGGUAAGACAGGUGAGAACUGCUUUUCCUUCUAUCAAGAAAGAUUCCAAACUGAGGCAAUGCUUUGCAUUGAGUCCUGGGGUUUUGUGGUUUUGGGAACCAACAAUACUCAAAGUAUUUUCUCUUGCUAACUGCUUCCCCUCUAGGCCAUAAAGCCUCUUUUCUUUUUUUUUUUAAAAAAAAAAAACCAGCACAAAAAAACAAAGACAAAAAAACCUCCAAGCUCCCUUCAGUAGUUGCUACACCUUCAGAUUGAGACAUCCUUCCUCAUUUACAAACCUCAGCUGUGUCUGGGGGCAGGGCCACAGUGAAACUGCCAGGAGCAAAAAGGCUUCCAAGAAAAAGUACCACAUCAGAUUGGAAACUGGGGACAGAUCAUUCCUGGGAUGUGACGGGCACCAGAAUGCUCCCUCUCCAAAGGAUCUAAGGACCAAAGCUGACAGUUUCUUUACUUGGUAGCUGACAGCAUCUGCUCCUGAAGACCGGAAACAUGGCUUGUACCAUCCAAAAGGCAGAAGCACUUGACGGGGCUCAUUUGAUGCAGAUCCUCUGGUAUGAUGAGGAAGAGUCUCUCUACCCAGCUGUAUGGUUGAGAGACAACUGCCCAUGCUCUGAUUGCUACCUGGAUUCUGCAAAAGCACGGAAACUUCUAGUGGAAGCUCUUGAUGUGAACAUUGGAAUUAAAGGCUUGAUAUUUGACAGAAAAAAGGUGUACAUCACAUGGCCCGAUGAGCAUUACAGUGAAUUCCAGGCUGAUUGGCUGAAGAAAAGAUGCUUUUCCAAGCAGGCCAGAGCAAAGCUCCAAAGAGAAUUGUUUUUUCCAGAAUGCCAAUACUGGGGCUCAGAGCUCCAGCUACCCACUUUGGAUUUUGAAGAUGUUUUAAGAUAUGAUGAACAUGCAUACAAGUGGCUCUCCACCCUCAAGAAAGUAGGCAUAGUAAGACUCACCGGAGCAUCUGACAAACCAGGAGAAGUUUCAAAACUUGGGAAAAGGAUGGGUUUCCUCUAUCUCACAUUUUAUGGACAUACUUGGCAAGUGCAAGACAAAAUCGAUGCAAACAAUGUGGCUUACACAACUGGGAAGCUAAGCUUUCACACUGAUUAUCCAGCCCUCCAUCAUCCACCUGGGGUUCAGCUUCUUCACUGCAUAAAGCAAACAGUCACAGGGGGUGAUUCAGAAAUUGUAGAUGGGUUUAAUGUGUGCCAAAAACUAAAGAAAAAUAAUCCUCAGGCAUUCCAGAUUUUGUCCUCUACCUUUGUGGACUUUACAGACAUUGGAGUGGAUUACUGUGAUUUUUCUGUACAAUCAAAACAUAAAAUUAUAGAGUUAGAUGAUAAAGGCCAAGUGGUUCGCAUCAACUUCAAUAACGCAACUAGGGACACAAUAUUUGAUGUGCCUGUUGAAAGAGUUCAGCCUUUUUAUGCUGCUCUGAAGGAGUUUGUUGACCUCAUGAACAGCAAAGAAUCCAAGUUUACCUUCAAGAUGAAUCCAGGUGAUGUGAUUACUUUUGAUAACUGGCGCUUACUUCAUGGCCGACGUAGCUAUGAAGCAGGAACUGAGAUAUCCCGCCAUCUAGAAGGAGCUUAUGCUGACUGGGAUGUGGUCAUGUCAAGGCUUCGUAUCUUAAGGCAGAGGGUUGAGAAUGGAAACUGAAGUCACCUGUAGAUAAUUUUAAUAAGAUUCCAAUGACCAUAUUUUGUGAGAUAUGGCACAUUAUUCACAGACCAUGAUCUCCGUGAUUUACAUAUAAUUUCCUUAACAAUGAACAUGUAACUUCUCUCACAAGAGUACUCUUUACUUUGUAAUCAUAUACAAUGUCAACUUUUUAGAUGUUUCACCACUCUUUUGCAAAUAAAGCAUCCUUUCUGCUCUGUUGCAUGCCUGCUCUAAUUUCUUUUGCCCAUAUAUAUCUCCAGAAUGUCUACAAAUAGUUUUUGUAGCAAAUGAAACAUUUCUUCAAAUAAGCCUUUUGUUUCAAAUAAAACUUGUCUCAAAACAUGCUUCUA